UGUUACGGUUACCGUACUGGUACAUGAUAAAAGCCGAAAAGACACUGGUAAUGAAUUGAAUUGGAUGAAUUGGCCGUAUACAAAGUAAACGUCACUGUGGUUCCUCAGUUUGAGCCGCUUAAUUCAUACAAUAAUUGAUCAAAAUGCAAAUGGUACUCCUCCAACACCACGCGUAACAAAAAGACUAGCAGGAGAGGGAUUUUAUUAUGCUGGUGUCGUCUGUUACUGUUCUGGAGUACGAUUCAUUAUAACUUGGUGGCAGAAGAUAUGCCAAUAUGAAAAUCCACCAGAGUAUUAAUCCAAACUUUAAGCUCCUAAAGAAAAAUAAAAAUGAAGAAGUCAGUGUACCAGUCCAGUACUUUAGUCCAUUCAACAAAUACUUGGUGGAUAUCAUGGACAUACUAGUACCAAGAGAAAGAUCAGAACAGAGUGAAGAUGUUAACAAUGACUGGACUCCAGAAAGAGUACAAAGUCCAGCCCCAGCACAUGAAAAUAGAACUAAUGAACAGUUUGAAAGAAUAAUAGCAGUACGAAAUUAUACUUGGUUACCUUUGAAUGAAUUGCCAGUACCUAAGGUUGACCUUUCAGUUGCAUUUGUUCCACAGUUUGAACCACUUUUGUCAAUAAUUGAGCAAAUUGCAAAUGGAACACCUCCAACACCACAUGUCUCUAUGAGAUAUGAACUUCUGCGUUUCUGCACACUUAGAAGCUAUCCAAAGGAAAACAAACCAUAUCUCAUCAAGCUAGCAGAAGCCGGAUUCUAUUAUGCCUCCGAUGGUGAUGGUGUUGUCUGUUACUGCUGCGGAGUUCGAAGAUAUAACUGGGUGGCAGAUGAUAUCCCAAUGAAAAUUCAUGAGAGAAUCAAUCCAAACUGCAAGUUCCUCAGGAAGAAUGAAGAAGUUAAUGUACCAGUCCAGUACUUUGGUCCAUUCAGCAGAGCCUUGAUGGCUAUAAUGGACAUACCAGAACCAAGAGAAAGAUCUGGACAGAAUGAAGAUGUUAACAAUGACUGGGCACCAGAAAGAGUACGAAUUCUAGCCCCAACACAUCAAAAUAGAACUAAUGAAGCAAAUCCUCUUGGUAUAAACACUGCCAUACCCAAACACACCCAAUAUGCUACUAAGACAGCUAGAGAAGGUAGCUACAGUGGAUGGCCUGAUACAGCAAGUCAUACACCACAGGAACUCGCUGAAACUGGUUUCUUUUAUGCAGGUUUCGGUGACUGUGUCAGGUGCUUUUACUGUGGGAUAGGUAUUCGCCAGUGGACGAAAGAUGACAAUCCAUGGAUAGAGCAUGCUCGUUGGUCCCGUAACUGUGUGUUUGUGAAAAUUAAGAAAGGGAAGGAGUUUGUCAGCCUCGUCCAACUUGCUGUUCAGUACUCCCAAGAUAAUGAAGCACAAUCUAAGUCCAUUGCAGGGAACCAGUUACCAGCACAGGAAAUAGAAAGAAUACUGCUCUCUGAUGCCGCACAAAGUGUGUUGGAAAUGGGGUACCAGCCUAGGAUCAUCAAGAAGGCUAUUGAGCAAAUACUUAGGCAAAAUGGUGAUACAAAAAUUACUGCUCAGGUUCUCCUGGAGAAGGUAUUAGAGAUCGAGGAAGCAGAAAAUCCACCCCAGGCUGCAUCUGCAACAACACCGCCAAAAGCCAAGCCAACUACUCAAACUGCUAAACUAAAAGUGUCAAAGUCUGUAGAAGGUGCCAAGGCUGCUGCUAAAUGGAAAACAGAGGAAAACCCUGUAGGAGCUAAAACAUCAGUUGAAGAGAAGGACAAAGGACAGAAUAUAAGCCUGGAAAGUACAUUGGAGAAAGAAGUACAAGAAGAAGAAAACUCUGACAAUAAGGUUGAAUUGACCUGGCUUUCUGACAUUGAAAUGAAUGCUGCCCAGACUCUUCUUAAAAGUCAGUUUCCCGGUGUCAAUGGUCUUUGCAAUGUACUUCUGUUUGAAAUAAAACAGUUUCACGCACAUUCCCAAGCAUUUAUUCAAAUCUAUAACGCAGAUAAAAACCACUGGGUUGUUAUUUCUUCAAUUGGACUAAAAACUGGAACAGUUGCCGUUUAUGACAGCUUUUACAGCGCCAUUAGUGAGGACACGUUUAAUGUUAUACGUCGUCUGACAAAUUUAGAAAAUGUGAAUAUAAUAAUGCCCAAGACACAGAAACAGACAAACGCAAAUGACUGUGGAUUGUAUGCAAUAGCAUUUGCAACUGCCAUAUUGAAUGGAGUUGAUGUCUCCUCUCUCAACUUGGACCCCGAGUCACUAAGACUACAUCUUGCCAAGUGCUUUUCGCAGAACAGAAUGGAACUUUUCCCUGAAACUAAGGCACGAAAACCCUCGUCUUCCAGCUCGAAAUGUUAGAAUAUA